GACAAAUUUUUUUUUUCAAUUUUGACACUUUACACGCUAGAGAGACGUUUAAUUGGACGGUCAACUUUGAUGUCCUCUGGCUGGAAGCAGUUAAAAUUUCUUUGACGCCAGCAAUGGGGUGAGAGUCUGACGCAGAGAGACAUUUGAAAGAGCUUAUAGUUUGUACACAGAGGAUGAGAAUGGUCAAAUAUGACCGGUGGCGCCGGUCAAUGGUUGAUUAAACUCCUCUUUAAAACUCUCUGUCUCUCUGUCUCGCUGUCUCUCUCUCUCUCCAUUUUUCUCUCUGGGUCAGCUUGGUUGUCUGAAUAACUGCGGUGGGUUUGAUCCUAGCAGUUGAAUCUCUUGAAAAAUCUUGUUUUUUUCAUUUUCAAGCUCCGUGGACAGGGCAAUGGCUUUCUAAUGAUGGAUAUUUCAAUCUAUAAUGUGCAUCCACUGUUAAUGUACUGCUUAUGCAACGUUCACAUGUACCGAAAUUUGGCAAUUGGGAAAGUGAAGAGAAUGUUCCUUACACGGCCUAUUUUGAUAAAGCUCGCAAGGGUCGAGGUGGGACCAAGAUGAUGAAUCCAAAUGACCCUGAAGAGAAUCCUGAUUUAGUUUCUGAUAAUUCAUCUUCAGCUCAUGGUCCUGCUGCCAGAGCUGAAACUGAGGAACCAGUAAGAGAGGGAGCUGGAAGAUCAACAUAUGAACGGCGGAGCAGGGAAGAAGGUGAUGUCAGGCAGUUCACCGACUCUCCAGCCCGUCAUGAUAAUUCAGGCAGCAGAGCUCAUGGAGGCCGUGAAACCCAUAGAAGACCUGCAAGGCCCAGCACUGGAUCUGAGUACAGUGUUGAGCGUUCACCACUCCACAGCCAUGCAAAGGUCCCAGUGAGAGAUGGUGGGGUCAAUUCAUACACUUCAGAAGGAAAGUCAUAUGAUAGUAGCCAUGGUACUCCUGGAAGAUACCGAAAACCAGAGACUCGAGGCGAUGAAACGCCUGAAAAAGGUGCUGCUGUUCCAAAAUUUGGUGAGUGGGAUGAGAACAACCCUGCAUCAGCUGAUGGUUUUACUCACAUUUUUAACAAAGUGCGGGAAGAGAGGCAGACUGGGGUGGGAAGGGUACCAGGUUCUAAUGGAACACCAUACAACAACACGCGGCGGAGGCAAGAUGCUGAUGACAAUGUUAAGAGUUGCUGCUUUCCAUGGCGCAGAAAAUGAUAUAUCUUUGGAUUUUUGGAUAAUCACAAAGUUUGUGGGACUUGUAAAUACCUUUGAAUGCUCGCUCGGAGCUGAGUCAGUUCUUUGCAGUUCGUUCAUUUGGUCUGUGUGCGGUACUUUGUAUUAAUAAAUGUACAACCGUGUUGUUAAAACUUGCCUUGUUUUGGUGGUUCUUUUUUACCUUUAGCUGCUCUAAGUUGUACUGUCUAUAUUCACUUUUGCAAGUUUAUUUGCCUGGAAAAGACCAGCUACAGAUUCUUUUAUUCUAUUCCAAUCUAUUGCGGCGACUUUCUAUU